ACCUUCUAAUUUAAUAUUGAGCAACAAAAAGGUUCCUGCUCUUCGUUUAUAAAGGAGGGUGUAGUGUUCCUUCUUUGCUCAACCAUUCCUUACAUGUCCGUAUUACCAAGAAAGUGGCAAUAGUUAACAAAGAUUAAGCAGACAAGGUAAAUCUUGAUGGGGAAGAACGGCGGAAGUUCAUGGCUCACGGCGGUUAAGAAUGUUUUCCGGUCACCAGAGAAGAAAUGUCCCAGAAGAAGAGAACGUCAACAAGACAACGGCCUUGUCCAAGAAGACGAAGAGGAACACCAGCAACAAACGAAGAGAGGAAAAAGAAGAUGGCUAUUCAAGAAAGCUUCUUCUGAUUCUUGUGCAAGAGACGUUGGAAUAAACAUUAAAAAUGCCGUUAACACUAAUUCAGCUUCUGUUGACGCGAUUGCGGUGGAUGAAACGGAGAAAAAAGCGUCUCCGGCGGCUAAGGAAGCCGUCUUUUUCUGUCGGACAUCUGUCUACCUUAAAAGACACUUGGCAGCUAUUCUCAUUCAGACAGCUUACCGAGGAUGCCUGGCACGAAAGGCCUUCAAAGCCCUAAAGGGAGUUGUGCUACUACAAGCCUUAGUGAGAGGCCACAACGUGCGUAGAAGAGCUAGCAUUACUUUGCUUCGGGUUCAGGCCUUAGUUCGGGUCCAGGCUCGAGUUCUAGAUCACCGGAAGAAACUCACGGCUAGUCCCGGCGACGGAACUACCUUGUCUCGUGCUUUUUCUAAACAGAUGUGGAGAACCACAGCGAGAGAAGCACAUAGUGAAAGCGAGUUAGAGGACAAGAGACAAAGUAGAUUAAACCGGUUCGGUUAUCAAGAAAUUGGAAGGAGACUGUCAACCGAUCAGACAAUUGUUGAACCGGUCAAGAUAGUUGAGAUCGAUACGUACAAUACAUACUCACACCAUCAACAACUCAAAGACAGAACACCGCGUGGGAAUUCUCGCGUCACGAGGCAAGGCCAUUCGAUACCAAAUUACAUGUCUACGACUGCCUCAACCGUGGCUAGGUUCCGACCACAAAGCGCACCUAGGCAGAGAUCAAACCAGACCGGUUUAGAUGACAACGAACCAAGAUUACAAUUGGUUAGAAAGCGAUUGUCAUUUCACAAAGAUAUUCCGCAAUCGCAUGGUUAUUUUUGGUACGAUAAGGAAAUGGAUGAUCACGAGGAUGUUCAGCACUAAAUUAACUUGAUCGGUUAUGGGAGCUGAUUGAACCGGUUCACGAUUGAAAUUUUUUCUUUUUAUAUAUGUAUUGAGUAUUGACUGACCCAGGAGAUUUUUGGUUUUUCAUUAUUUAAUAUGCACCAGGCAGUUAUCAAUUUAGACUUCUUUAACGUUGAUUAUUUCGAUGUAUUGAUU